GCUGUGAGCUGACUGCCAGUACCAAAUCCUACACAUUUCAGGUGGAUGAGGAAGAUGACUCUGACCACAUUUUGGCCUUGUCUGUGGUCUGCCUCACGGAUGGUGCCAAGGAUGAGUGCAAUGUGGUGGAGGUUGUCGGGCGAAACCACGAGAACCAGGAGAUCGCUGUGCCUGUGGCAAAUCUGAAGCUGUCAUGCCAGCCUUUGCUGAGUCUGGACAACUUCAAGCUGCAGCCUCCAGUGACCUUCCGCCUGGCCGCAGGCUCUGGCCCAGUACACCUCGCCGGCUGGCACAGGAUCAUGCACAGGGAAGAUAUUUCCUUUGAGGAUGAUGAUGACGACUUGUUUGAGGAAGACGAGGAAGAGGAGCUCGCUCCUAUCAUGCCAGCCAAGAAGUAGAGGAAGAAGCAGUGACUUAUCUCCAGGCAAGGUACUCACUGGGACUUCUUUCCCUGGAUGGCCUUUACUUCGGACACCUCUUGCCAGGACCUCAACGUUUGCUGCUUUGUUUUUAUUUCAUUUUAUUUUCUGUUGUAAGUUUUUGGGAAGCAGGGACUGCUCCCAGCACUGGGGUGUCUCCUUUCACACAACCCUGGGAGGUUGAUCCCAAAAUUGGAUGGAUGCUGCUGGUAUGCCUCCUCACCCCCAUCCCUGUUCAGUCAGGAGUGGAGGAGGUGAUCCUUGCCCUGUGCCUUUUAGCUGUCCUGGACCUCUACUCUAUGUACCCCCUCUCCCUGGCUCUGGAACACCCCGUUCUGGCUCCUUCCCUAGCAGAUGGAUGUAAAGCUAAUGGUGGGGCACAGAGUUUCACUGUUUCUAGUGUAUUUGCUUUUCUUUACUCACAAUUUGAUGAUUUUUAUACA